ACCCAGUGUGUGUGUGUGAAUGUGUUUGAAUGAGUGUGUGUGCUGACAGCAGCUGGUAGAGGUGACAUUCAUCAGUUUCACUCGUUUGGAAUAAAUGAAAAGCUUCAAAAUCUGGAUAUUUACAUGAACCAGAGAUGCCCUGUGUACAAGCCCAGUAUGCCUCACUGCCCCAUGACGCCUACUUCAGCUCUGAGUUCCUGAAUCCUGACCUAAGUGCCAAGCUGAUGAUGGACAUCAAUGGCCAAAAGGACCAGCUGUCUACAUCUUCAUUGCCCAGCAUCAAUACCUUGGUGGGGACUGGCUACAUGGGGGAGUUCGAUGCAUAUUCCUGCAAGAUUACCACCUCAUCUCCUGCCUCUACUGUUUCAUUCAGCCCCGCCGCGGUGGCCGAAAACUCCUGCCCUCAAAUGCCGAGCCAAGCCUUGAAACUGGAUGAUCUCCAGGUGUACGGCUGUUACCCAGGAUCCUUCGCGCUCAGCUGCUUCGAUGAAACGCUGUCUUCAUGUGGCUCUGACUACUAUGGCAGCCCGGUUUAUGCUGCUGCUUCUCCUCCAACACCGGGCUUUCAGGCCCAACCUGCACCUGUCUGGGAUUCCCCUUUCAGCCCCUACCCCCAGGCCCCCCCGUCCUCUGUGCCUGAUAAGCCAGCGAUGGCCCAGCAGCUCUCUUUUUUCACCUUCAGCCCCACACCAGAGCAGCACUCUCCCCUGGGGCAGCAUCAGGAUGUUCAGCCAGGCCAGGACGACCCUUUCUUCCUGUCCCCUCAGCAGCAUCUCUCUCCUCUUCACUGUCCCCCCAUGUCCUUGGAGCACAGACCGCUGGAGAGCCCCAGGCUAGUGGAGAGCACCUUGAUGUCUCCAAAAACCCACAACCCAGGAUCCACUGAGGGCCGCUGUGCCGUCUGUGGUGACAAUGCAUCCUGUCAGCACUAUGGAGUCCGCACCUGUGAGGGCUGCAAAGGAUUCUUCAAGCGAACUGUACAGAAAAAUGCAAAGUAUGUCUGCCUCGCCAAUAAAGACUGUCCGGUGGACAAGAGGAGGAGAAACCGUUGCCAGUUCUGCCGUUUCCAGAAAUGUCUUGCAGUGGGAAUGGUCAAAGAAGUUGUUCGCACAGACAGCCUGAAAGGUCGCCGGGGUCGUCUGCCCUCCAAACCCAAGACUCUGGCUGAGCCUUCAUCCACAAUCCCCAGUGUCAACAUCAUAGCUUCUCUUGUGAGGGCUCAUUUAGAUUCAAACCCGACCAUUGGCAAGCUUGACUACUCCAAGUACCAGGAGACAGUUGUCAGCCUGAAAGAAAAGGAGGAUGCCGAUGACAUCCAGCAGUUUUAUGACCUGCUGACGGGCUCUUUGGAUGUGAUAAGAAUCUGGGCUGAAACCAUCCCGGGGUUCACAGAUUUCUGCACAGAGGACCAGGAGCUGCUCCUCGAAUCUGCCUUUGUUGAGCUCUUCAUUCUGCGACUCGCAUACAGGUCCAAUGCUGAAAAGAACAAGCUGAUCUUCUGUAACGGCGUGGUCCUCCAUCGACUGCAGUGUGUUCGCAGUUUUGGUGACUGGAUUGACUCCAUCAUGGAUUUCUCCCAGAGCCUGCACCGCAUGAACUUAGACAUCUCCUUGUUCGCCUGCCUCGCAGCACUAGUUAUCAUAACCGAUCGCCAUGGCCUCAAAGAGCCCAAGCGGGUGGAGGACUUUCAGAAUCAUCUGAUCACUUGUUUAAGGGAACACGUGAGCGGGAACGGACCAGAAGCCAGCCGGACCCAGCCCAACUAUCUUUCUCGUCUUCUGGGCAAACUCCCUGAACUGAGGACUCUAUGCACACAAGGCCUACAGCGCAUCUUCUACCUGAAACUGGAGGACCUGGUCCCCCCUCCACCGAUAGUGGAGAAAAUCUUCAUGGAUACUCUUCCCUUCUGAAAAAAAAAAAACACAUGAACACGACUGUGAUAUUUGUAAAAAUGACAGACAGGAAGCACUUAAUGUGAAGUUUGAUCAUUGGACUCUACUGGUGAACCUCCGUCUGUCACACUGAUGUGUGUGCCGACAAAUGUCCGACAUUGUUCAAGAGACCAUUAUUUUUCUAACAUUAAGUUUUAAAUUCAAUACAUGGUACCUGUGUGAGUACCUUAUAUAGAUUUACUUCAGUUCAAUGAAACUGUCAUAGACAGAGCAGAGAUAGUAUUUAGAGUUCAGAUCACCGUUUAUACAUGUUUUUGUGUGCAUUUGUAAAAUGUCUUUAUUGCUGUGCUACAUGUGUGAAUGUGUCCUGCUAUGCAGCUAGUAAGACGUGGAUAUUUGGGUAGUUGCAAUGCAAUGUUACAUACUCAGCUUUUUAAAAACAAAAGAAACACACUAACCUCUUAAAAAGCAUGUUUUCAAAGUUGCUUUUCGAUCCCACUAAGAAGCCGAGCUAGAGAAAGAGCUUUAUGGAGUCCUACUUUUCAAAAGGGAACGUUUUUACUAAUUUCUUUGUAUCACAAACGAUAGUUUUAGUCCUAAUUGUGCUCCUGUGGAAGGUCUUGGACCAAAGUUUACUCUUAUUUUGAUACUACCAGUUACAAACCUUAUUGCCUUAAACUAAACUAAACGUUCUGCCAUAACUCUUGUGCUGCCAUUUUGCUCACCUUGUAAAGGCGGAUGCUGGCAGGGUCACUGCUCCCUCUAACAACAUAUCUCUAGGGCUUUUAAGAACAAAAAUGGACUUGCUGAGUGAAAGUGCCUUCUAUAAAGCCUCAGCUCUCGAACUGUAAUAAGUGACACUAAGUGAAUUUUCAUUCCAAACAUCCCAUGCAGUGAGACCCAUUUAUUGCAGAACUUAACCGAUCUGCUUCAGCGUCACCGUCAGAAUUAAUUUCGUACUCCUGAAUGAUGAAUGUGAUUUCAGGUCAGUGCCAGCUUUUGAUACGAUGUGCCUGAAGGAUGUGUCGGUACAGUCUGACAAAGAGCACAGAAUACUUGACCGUACACUCUUCACACUGCUAGACUGGAAGGACACCAAGCAAUGACAGGUGGUUUAGGAUCUGCAAGAACUAAAUCCUGUUCACAUGUGAGCCAGUGAAAUUCAUGACAACAGUAGAGCCGUUCAGAUUAAAAUGAAGUCACAGCACAUUUCAGAGUCCCUUCAUAUCCACAACUAGUCACAGUCUACCUUUUCUGUGAUUUGUUUUUCACCCCAACAACGCUUGAAAAUCCACAUGCAUAAGCAGAUGUUUCACGUUCGACAUUGUUCCUUGUCUUUGGCCGCAUGUGUUUGGAACCUCAGCUCAGUGUGCGUAAAACCCUCCUACUGUCUUCCACAUUCUUCUGAAUUGUGCAGGUUUUUUUUUUUACAUGUUGGAUUUAUUUUUUAUUUUCAUCUCAAAAAAUGAACUUAAGGAAUAUCUUAAGGAGUCACAGUGAAAUGUGAUGAGAAGAUGAGCAGCUACGAGCACUUAAAACGGUGCUCAAACAGUAUGAAGAAUACUUGUUUCUCCUACUGUAUGUGUGUUGUUUGGGACGUGUGUGUGGACUUUGAAAGUAAUGCCAGGGGCUUUUCGUAAAAAGGAUGCAUGAGUAUUAAAAGAGAAUAUUUGAUAUUAAAUCUUUUUGAAAAUACACCA